AUGCGGAAGGUAAUUUUGAUUGUUGCUAUUAUUUCAGUCUCCACAGCGUACGCAGGCUUCGUAAAAUGCGGGCCCAAUGAAGUACUAGACGAGUGCCCCUCCGACUGCGGCGACCACUGUCCAACACGGGAUGGUGAGUUUAUCAACUGCAACCGUCCAGAUUGGAACAACUGCCCUCCUCCAAAAUGCAAAUGCCAGUUUAAUUAUCGCCGAGCACAAAAUGGAACAUGUAUACCAACAAACAACUGCCCUGCCUUCGAGUGUUCAAAACCAAACGAAGAGUACAACUCUUGUCCAUCGUACUGUCCCACUGAUGACUGCAGCCAAGCAACGCCGAACGGAGAAUGUCCACAAUUUGGUUUAUUUUUAAUAGCCGUCGAAUGUUACCCACGUUGUCGAUGCAAACCGACAUAUUGGCGUAAAAAUGGUGUUUGUGUUCCAUACCAAAACUGCGAUGACAAUACAAUGAUGAAUUAA